AUGGCAAUUUUCAAACAUCCUACAGCCUCCUUCAUUGGAGACGUCGAGUUUUCACGCCUCUCUGCCGAAGAGAUCAAGAAGAUAUCCGUUAAGAGGAUCCAUGUUGCUUCCACGUUCGACCGAUUUCAACAGCCCACAUCUGGUGGUCUCCAUGAUCCAGCCUUGGGACCAGUCCUUGACAAGAGCUGCACAACCUGUCAUGUGAGCUCUAUCCACUGCACAGGCCAUCCAGGGCACAUAGAGCUACCGGUGCCUUGCUACCACAUAUCCUUCAUUGAUCAAACUCUUCGUCUACUUCGCGCAAAGUGCGUCUUUUGUCACCGACUGCGCAUGCCCCACGGGCAGAUCAACCUUUUCACCUGCAAGCUUCGGCUUUUACAAUAUGGCCUGGUGGAAGAGCUUACUGAGCUAGAAGACAUGCACACCGUGAAAGUCGCAAGUGCUGGUCGGAUGGUCAAUGGCAAUGUCGGCCAAGCCGGAGAUGGAAUCCAGGAGGCUGGCAGUGAUGAAGAUGAAGAGGAAGAGGAUUUCUUGCAGAGAAGAGAGGAGUUUGUACGAAGGCGAAUCACAAAAGCACGAAAGGGCGAUCGAGAGGGGAGAUAUGCUCUUCUCCGAAAUCCAGUUGCCGUUGCGGAGAGGAAGGUGGUCAUCAAAAACUUCUUACUAGCCAUAGCGCGGGUGAAACAAUGUCAUUUCUGCAAAGGUAUCUCUCCUGGUUUCAAGAAGGACCAAAACCUCAACAUAUUCCGAAAGGCCCUUUCGCCUAAGCAGAAGAACCAAAAUGCGCAGAAUGGGCUGAAAUUGACAAAUCCUCUAAUUUAUAAGCAUCAGCUGGAACGAUCCUCGAAGAAAGACGAGAGACCUCUUGCAAACGGAUAUCACCAUGAGGACGUCGACAUGCGGGAUGGCACAGAAAGCGAAAUUGAUGACUUGCAUGGUGCCGAGGAGGAAAUUGCCAAAACUGCUGCUAUGGAAGACGACGAGGAAGAUGGAGAUGAUGAUGACAGACAACGCUUCCUGACGGGAAAUGAAGUUCAUGCUGCUUUAGACCUGCUGAUUAAGAGGGAGCAAAAGGUUUUCAACCUCAUAUACAACAAUCGCCCUGGACCAGAAGCCACCGUUGUCAGUGCAGAUAUGUUCUUCAUAACUCAUAUCUUGGUACCACCAAACCGGUAUCGUCCAGCAACACUCCAGGGCGAUGCAAUAAACCAAGCACAGCAGAAUACUUCACUAGUUAAGAUACUCCAAGCAAACGACAUUGUCAGACAGAUACAGCGGGAGAUGCAAAACCCAGAAGAGAACGUCAGCGCAAGGAGGAGAGGGCAUGGUGAGCUCAUCAGGGCCAUGGUCAAUCUGCAAAGGGCUGUCAAUGGCCUGAUUGAUCAAGCUCCUCGUCCCGCCAGACGAGAGAAUGAGCAAGGGAUAAAGCAAACCCUUGAGAAGAAAGAAGGACUUUUUCGUAUGAACAUGAUGGGUAAAAGGGUCAAUUUUGCUGCCCGCAGCGUCAUCUCGCCCGAUCCCAAUAUUGAGACGAAUGAGAUCGGAGUGCCGCUGGUCUUCGCCCGGAAGCUCACAUACCCACAACCAGUCACCACGCAUAACUUUUUCGAAAUGAAGCAAGCAGUAAUUAAUGGUAUGGACAAGUAUCCAGGAGCUGCUGCCAUCGAGAGCGAGAACGGACAAGUCCUGAACUUGAGGUUUAAAAACUUGGAAGAGAGGAUAGCUCUUGCAAACCAGCUGCUGUCACCUACUGUGCCUGGGUUGAAGGGUGAUAGGAACAAGAAAGUCUAUCGUCAUCUACAGACUGGUGAUGUGGUGGUCAUGAACCGGCAACCCACUCUUCACAAACCCUCUAUGAUGGGCCAUCGAGCCAGGGUGUUAAGCAAUGAAAAGACCAUUCGUAUGCAUUACGCGAAUUGCAAUACCUAUAAUGCAGACUUUGAUGGAGACGAAAUGAACAUGCAUUUUCCACAGAGUGAGCUUGCGCGUACAGAAGCUCUGCAGAUUGCAGACACGGACCACCAGUAUCUUUCUGCUACGGCUGGACAGCCGCUCCGAGGUUUGAUUCAAGAUCACAUCUCCAUGGGUGUCCAAUUUACAAGUCGUGAUACAUUCUUUGACAAGGACGAUUAUCAGCAACUGCUGUACAGCUGCUUACGCCCCGAAAAUUAUCACACCGUGUAUGAGAAGAUCCAGAUGCUACCACCAGCUAUUCUGAAGCCUAAACUACUCUGGACAGGAAAACAAGUAAUCUCGACGGUUUUGAAGAACAUUACACCCGAAAAUCGCAAUGGCCUAAAUCUCAAGGGGGAAUCGUCUACGCCCGGUAAUAGGUGGGGGGAUAAUCCAGAAGAGGCCAAAGUGCUUUUCAAAGACGGGGAGCAUCUUCGUGGUAUUCUGGACAAAAAGCAACUUGGCCCAACCGCCAAUGGUCUAAUACAUUCGAUACAUGAACUUUACGGUCAUAUUACUGCUGGCAAGCUUCUGAGCGUCCUCGGCCGAUUGCUGACACGUUUUCUGAACAUGCGCGCCUGGUCAUGCGGUAUGGACGAUCUCUAUCUUACAACAGAAGGAGAUAAUAUGCGAAAGCGGGAGCUAACUCGAAUUGCACGGAUCGGUCGGGAGACAGCCCUGAAGUAUAUUACAUUAGAAGACGACAGUCCAGAACCCGAGCUGCUCCAGAGGCUGGAAGAAGUCAUUCGCAACGACGAGGAGCAGGCGAAUCUUGAUAAAGUUUACAAUGCCAAUACUGCAACGCUUUCAUCCGAAAUCACAAAAGCCUGCCUGCCAUCUGGUUUGUCCAAGCCCUUCCCGUUCAAUCAGAUGCAAGCAAUGACAAUCUCUGGAGCAAAAGGCUCGUAUGUCAAUGCAAACUUAAUCUCCUGUAACCUUGGCCAGCAAGUCCUCGAAGGCCGACGUGUCCCGGUAAUGGUUAGUGGGAAGACCCUUCCUUCCUUUAAGGCGUUCGACACAGACCCACGCGCGGGAGGCUAUGUAGCAGGCCGGUUUCUGACUGGUAUCAAGCCUCAGGAAUAUUAUUUCCAUGCCAUGGCUGGUCGUGAAGGUCUGAUUGACACGGCCGUCAAGACAUCGAAAUCGGGCUACCUUCAACGCUGUAUUGUGAAAGGUCUUGAAGGACUACGGACCGAAUAUGAUACUUCUGUGCGUGAGACGUCAAAUGGAGCGAUCAUACAGUUUCUCUAUGGCGAAGAUGGACUUGACAUCACUAAACAAAAGCAUCUUACUGCGUUCAGCUUCCUUGCUCGAAACCGCCUUUCCGUGAUGGCUAGCACGAACGUUGUUGGUGUCAUGAGCAAGCUUCUUCCAACACCGGAAGACGAUGAAGCUGCUCGACAUCGCAAAAUGGCGAUGAAGGUUGUCAGGAAGUCGGGCCGAGUGGACGCCAUGGAUCCAGUGACGGCGGUAUUUGCACCAGGAAGCAAGCUCGGAAGUACCUCCGAGUCUUUUCAGCUCGCACUCGACAAUUAUGUCGCAGAAAAUCCUGAUAAGCUUAUCAGAAAAACGAAAAAAGGCAUAGACGGAGAUGAUGUCAUUAGCAAAAAGACCUUUCAGGGCAUCAUGGACGUGAAGUACAUGAAAUCGCUUGUUGAUCCUGGAGAGACUGUUGGAGUCAUUGCCGCCCAAUCAGUUGGAGAACCAUCGACCCAAAUGACAUUGAACACUUUCCAUUUAGCGGGUCACUCGACGAAGAACGUUACUCUUGGAAUACCACGGCUUCGAGAAAUCGUAAUGACAGCAAGCUCCGAUGUCUCCACGCCUGUGAUGACUCUGAAACUUAUUCCCGAAAUCACGAAUGAAGAAGGUCUGCGCUUUGCUAAAGGAAUUAGCAAGCUUUCGCUAGCAGAGCUCGUCAAUGAAGUAUCGGUUAAAGAAUAUUCCGGGUCCACUUCCGAUCAUGCCAAAGCAAAAAUGUAUGACAUUGAGGUUGAGUUCUUCUCUGCCAAAGAGUACACUGAAGAAUACAAUAUCAAGGUAGAGGAUGUCUCCAAUUGCUUGAAAGACAAAUUUUUCCCACGAUUGAGCAAAACGAUCAAAGACGAAUUCAGGAAGAAGACCAGAGAAGCUUCUCAUGCAGAAAGCACUGCUGCAGUUCCAUCCAUAGGCCAGAGCGUUGGCCGGAUAGAAGAGGCUCAUUCUGCACCAACAGACGUGGAAAAUGAAGGGGGUGGAGAUGGCGAAGCUCUGGAUGAUGACAUCGACCCUGAUGACGCGAAGCAAUCCCGUGGCCGUCAGAAUGAAGAGUACGACGAUCCGGAUGACGAUGAGAAAGCCAUUGCCGAAAGCGAUGCUGAGGUAAGCAGUGAUGACGAUGCUGGAAAACUUCCGGAAAGACAGCGCUCAAAAGUCCCGCAGAGGACUGACGGUGAUGUUCAUGCAUCUGAUACGACCGACUCGGACAAUGAAGACGACGGGACUCAUGCUGAAAUAGUCUUGGAACAGAACUCACAUCUGGUCAAGUACAAGUUCUCAAGAGGGAAAGGCGAACGCUGUCGUUUCACGCUCGCAUACGACGUCUCCACUCCGAAACUUCUCCUCCUACCCAUUGUCGAAAAGUGCCUUCGUGCCGCCGUCAUCCAGCACAUUCCCGGCCUGGGUUCAUGUACCUUUGCAGAAGAAAAGGUCAAGGAUCCUAGGACCAAGGAAAUGGUAGAAGAAAAGUACGUUAUUGCCGAGGGAGUCAAUCUGAUCGCUGCAGGUGAUUUCCAAGACAUCAUUCAUCCUCACAGUGUCUACACCAACAGUAUCCAUCACAUGUUGAAAUUCUACGGUGUAGAAGCUGCUCGCAAUACCAUCAUUCGCGAGAUUGACGGCGUGUUCAAGGGUCACACAAUCACGGUAGACAAUCGCCAUCUAAAUCUAAUCGCAGAUGCCAUGACGCAUGGUGGUGACUAUCAGGCGUUUUCAAGGCACGGUCUAGUCAAAAAUAGUGGCAGUGUGCUCGCGAAAAUGAGCUUUGAGACUGUUUUUGGGUUCCUGAAAGAGGCAGUGUUGGAUGGUGACGCGGAUGCACUGACGGGACCCAGCGCGAAGAUCGUGGUGGGGAAGCGAGGAUCGAUUGGGACGGGCUCGUUUGACGUUGUUGCCAAGGGAUGCACAUCAGACUUCGGAAUCAUGCCAUCAUGGUACACAAUUCUAUGUGCUGGUGGGCGUGUGAUGAUUCUCAAAGUCUGGUAUGAUCAGGUAGCAAUAUGGUUCGAAUGUUUGCUAUCUAGUAACAAGGUGAGGAUAUUGACGCCAGAGAUCUUUGGAUCCGAAGUUGGUGAGAGUACGCAGGUCAAAGGCAACGUCAAUGGCGAUGGGCUGGCAGCCCUGGACUCGGGCCGCCAGAUUCUGAACGGCAUGUCACCCAACAUUCAACGAGGCGUUGCGGAAGGCAUCCACGGCUGGACCGAGCGUGUUCGCUCCAGCGAAGACACCCUCCCUGGCGUGGAAAGGCAAUAA